UAGCUCACUCCGAGACCAAAAAGAAGACAGCCGCCCUGAUGGAUCACUCCACCUCCCUGCUCCGGCUCAUCUUCCUUGCUCUUGGCGCAGCCCUGGUUCUCCUUAUCGUCCGCUCCGCCUUCCGCCUCCCACGUGGAAUCGACACACCCACCACCUCACUCUUCGAUGACGCCACCGCCGGCAGCAGCUGCACACGGUUCGCGCCAUGGGGGUGCCGCCAGGCCGACCGGAUUAAGCAGGAGCAGAAGCCGAAGCCGGAGCCGCCGUCGCACGAGAACGACGUGCCGCUGCACCCGCUCGACCCACUGACGGUCACCGAGAUAAACCGUGCGCGCGAGCUCCUCCGCGCGCACCCGCCGUUCGCGUCGUCGCCGUCGUCCAUGUUCGUGCACUCGCUGGCGCUCGACGAGCCGGACAAGCCCGUCGUCCUGAGCUGGCGGAAGGGCGCCGACCCGCUGCCCCCGCGACGCGCCGUGGCGGUGGUCCGGUUCCGCGGCGAGGCCUUCGUCCUCGCCAUCGACCUCGCCAGCGGCGCCGUGACUCCUCUGCCUGCCCCAGCUUCCGGGUACCCGACCAUGACCAUGGACGAGCAGGUGUCCCUCUGCUAUGCCCCUUUCAGUGACCCGGCGUUCAACGCCACCGUCCAGCGGCACGGCGUCCGUAUGUCCGACGUCGCCUGCCUGCCGAUCUCCCUCGGGUGGUACGGCCCCACCGAGGAGAACCGCCGGCUGAUCAAGAUCCAGUGCUUCUCCGCGGAGGGCACGGCCAACUUCUACAUGCGCCCCAUCGAGGGCCUCACCGUGCUGCUGGACAUGGACACGAGGGAGGUCAUCCGCAUCUCCGACCGCGGCGGCGGCAUCCCCAUCCCGCCCGCCGCCAACACCGACUACAGGUAUGCCCGCCACAUGCAAGAAGACGUCGGCGGCGACCAGACGACGUCGAGGAGUGAGGCGGGGUUCCAGAAGGUGCGGGCGCCGUCGAUGGAGCCGGGGCCGUCGUCGGGGCCGGGAGUGGAGCUGGUGGACGGGCACACGGUUCGGUGGGGCGGGUGGGAGUUCCACCUCAAGGCGGACGCGCGCGCCGGCAUGGUGGUGUCGCGCGCACGGGUGCAGGACCCCGGCACGGGCGCGCACCGGGAGGUGCUGUACAAGGGCAUGGCGUCGGAGCUCUUCGUGCCGUACAUGGACCCGACCGAGGCGUGGUACUUCAAGACGUACAUGGAUGCCGGCGAGUACGGCUUCGGCCUGCAGGCCAUGCCGCUGGUGCCGCUCAACGACUGCCCACGCCACGCACGGUACCUCGACGGCGUGUUCGUGGCCGCCGACGGCCGGCCCUACGUGCGGGAGAAGAUGAUCUGCGUCUUCGAGCGGUACGCCGGCGAGGUCGCGUGGAGACACUCGGAGAGCCCCAUCACCGGCAUGGACAUAAGGGAGUCGCGGCCGAAGGUGACGCUGGUGGCGCGGAUGGUUGCGUCCGUGGCCAACUACGACUACAUCAUGGACUGGGAGUUCCAGAUGGACGGCCUCGUCCGCAUCAAGGUGGGCCUGAGCGGGAUCCUGAUGGUGAAGGGCACGGCCUACUCCCACCUACGGGAGGCCCGCGAGAACGAGGACACGCACGGCACGCUGCUCUCCGAGAACGUCAUCGGCGUCAUCCACGACCACUACGUGACGUUCCGCCUGGACAUGGACGUCGACGGCGCCGACAACAACUCCUUCGUGCGCGUGGAGAUGGCGCGGCAGGAGACGGCCCCCGGCGAGUCCCCCCGGAGGAGCUACCUCAAGGCCACCCGGCACGUGGCGCGGACCGAGAAGGACGCCCAGGUGCGCCUCAAGCUCUACGAUCCGGCCGAGUUCCAUGUCGUCAACCCGACCAAGAAGACGCGGGUCGGCAACCCCGUUGGCUACAAGCUCGUCCCUGCCGGCACCGCCGCCAGCUUGCUGGACCCGGAGGAUCCGCCGCAGAAGAGGGGUGCUUUCACAAACAAUCAGAUCUGGGUGACACCCUACAACAAGAGCGAGGAAUGGGCCGGUGGUCUGUUCGUGUACCAGAGCAAAGGGGAGGACACAUUGGCUACUUGGUCCGAGAGAGACCGUCCGAUCGAGAACAAGGACCUGGUGCUGUGGUACACGCUGGGGUUCCACCACAUCCCGUGCCAGGAGGACUUCCCCAUCAUGCCCACCGUGUCCUCAAGCUUCGACCUCAAGCCUGUCAACUUCUUCGAGAGCAACCCCAUCCUCAAGCAGAGGCCCACCAAGGAGGAUGAUCUGCCCAUCUGUUCCGCCACCGCCGUGUAAUAUAAUCAGCGCUGCAUGCGACGCCAUCCAUGGACGACGGCGGCGAUCGAUGUUUCGGUGGCCAUGGGCGUGGGCGCAUAUGUAUUUCCUAGCCUAGGAGGGCGAACUGAUUAACUGGACCCAUGCAUAAGCUUGCAUCGCUGUGUGUUCUUCCUAGCUUUAGUACGUACCUGGUGCAGCCAUAUCUCAUCUGUGUUUGUUAUGUCAAAUCAGAACUUUGAUCAGCUAAUGCAUGGAGCAUAUUUGGUUGUUAUAUGAU